CGAAACCUUUGGACAACUCGACAACCCGGUCAAGAAACCCUGUCUUCGCGUCGCGUUUGGAAUUGCGAGAAGUGAAAUUGAAAAGUUUGUGGAAAUCAAUUGGAAAUCAAAACACAACAGAAUGAAUCACCUCAAGUGGAUGGGGCACUCGUCCACUAUAAUGGAUAUACAGCGCUCGCUGCGCAACGACAACGGCAGCUGCGAGGUGGUCCUGGCCUCCAGGGACGGUGUCCGAGUGCGCGCCCAUCUCUUCGUGCUGAGCACUUGCAGUGAGCUGAUGCGCAACCUCCUGGUGGAUGUUCCGCGUGGUCAGGAGGCCACCAUCGUGUUGCCCGACAUCCGUGGAGAUCUGCUAGAGAGCAUGCUUUCCUUCAUCUACAUGGGCGAGACCAGCCUGCCCUCUGCCUCGCUGUCCGAGUUCCUGGAGGCCAUCAACCUGCUGGGAAUUAAGUCGGCCAUCAGCUUCGAGUGCAAUCCGUCGGCCAGUCCGUCCAACGUCGCCGAUGUGAAGAGCAGUCCCAUGGCCGUGGAGUCGGCCAAGUCGAUAACCGGUCUGCAAAUCGCCGAGGCGGAGCUAUUGGACGAGGAGGAGGAAGAAGAGGCACAGCCAGCGGACGCCGUACCAACCACUGUCCUGGCGGAGGACCAGCAUCAGCCCACCCACUCCAGUCGCUCGCUGGAGUAUCUGGAUGUGUACGAGCCUCCAAAGAUCACCUACUCCAUCGAACACAUGGACGGCAAUUCGAACGGCAAUCAGUUUAUCCUCACCGAAAACACUGGCACCUUUACCAUAACACAGUCGACUUCUAGUUUGACCAAGAUGGAAGCUGAUGAAACGAUCACCAGUGGCGCUGAAGUGGAGCUGGUCGACGAUGAUGUGGACGCGGACAUCACUGAGGAUUCAGAGGAGCAUGAAACACAGAUGAUCGAGGAGGAGUUCGCGCAAACCGAUCCACUGAUCGAACUAAGUGCCGCUACUGAAAUGGACGAUGACGAGGACGCGCACGACGACCUGGCCGACGAGGAGAUAGAGGACGAGAAGCCUCGCAAGAUGGGCGGAGGAAAGCCGCGCACUCGACGCCCUGUUAAUACCAAAUCCCCCAAGCGACCGCCCAGUAAGCCAACGCGACUGCAGCAGUUUGUGGCGCUCAAGAGGGAAGUGAAGGACGAUAUCAACGACGCUUUGGAUCUGGCGGCGGACGCCGUGAUCCUCGAGGGAUUGAGCCUGCAGAAGGCCGCCGACCGAUUCGACAUCUCUAAGACGGUCCUUUGGCGCCGUGUGCGCACCAAUCCCGCCUACAUGCGGAACAACCGGGAAAGACCGUCGCUGCUAGAGGCUUACGAGCGCCUGAAGAACGGGGACUCGCUGAAGAGCAUCAGCACGGAACUGCAGAUCCCCAUGUCCACGUUGCACCGGCACAAGAUGCGCCUAUCGGCCCAGGGACGCCUGCCCGACUUCGUGGCCUGCCGCCGGCGGGACACCACGCCCAAGGACGAGCUGCGGGACAAGUUGGCCAAGGCCGUGCAUGCCUGUAUGAACGAGGGAAUGUCCCAGAACCACGCGGCUAACCUCUUCGAGAUCCCCAAAAGCACGCUAUGGCGACACCUGCAGCGACGUAUGAGCAACGGCGAUCGAAAGGUCAAAAAAGAGCUGCAGGACGAGUACGAGGACGAUAUGCUAACCUAGACUAGGGCCCCCCAAAAAACUCUGGUUUGAGAGAUUUAGAGUUGGAAUUUAUAAGUUACCAUUUAAAAGCCAUAAGCUUAGCGUUUAACUGUAUAUCGUCCCAUCAAUGUACAUCACAUUAUCAAAAUCCUUGGGAGAGAUGCUAUUCUAGAGGCAGUCCUUUUAGACUUAUCUGUAGAUACCAUUCGCAAACGUAAUUCACUUCAUUAUAACUGGUUAAUUAUGAAAUUAAAUACAAAACCAAUCUUCUAGAAAA